AUGGGCGAGCUGUUCGCAGCCGCCAAUGAGCCGCUGCCCUACGUCCUGCGCCGGCUCUCCAGAGCCUCCGCAAGGUUUCCGCAAAACGGCAGCAAGCCCCGCGCGGCCUACGCCGAGAAGCUGCGGCGCCUGGGCUUCGGCGGCCCGACAGGGCCGGACGCCGGCCUCGAGGUCUUCGGCACGGCCUACUGCACCGCGCUCUACCUGCGCCAGCGCCUGGCCGGCGCGCCGGCGCCCAAGGCCUAUGUCCUGGGCAGCCCAGCCCUGGCCGCGGAGCUGGAGGCCGUGGGCGUGGCCUGCGUGCUCGAACCUGACGUGCGCGCUGUGGUGGUGGGCUUCGAUCCGCACUUCAGCUACAUGAAGCUCAUCAAGGCCGUGCGCUACCUGCAACAGCCCGGAUGCCUACUCGUGGGCACCAACAUGGACAACCGGCUCCCGCUCGAGAAUGGCCACUUCAUCGCGGGUACGGGCUGUCUGGUCCGAGCUGUGGAGGUGGCUGCCCAGCGCCAGGCUGACAUCAUCGGGAAGCCCAGCCGCUUCAUCUUCGACUGCGUGUCCCAGGAGUAUGGCAUCCGCCCGGAGCACACCGUCAUGGUGGGAGACCGCCUGGACACAGACAUCCUCCUGGGUGUCACCUGUGGCCUGAAGACCAUCCUCACCCUCACUGGAGUGUCCACGCUAGGGGAUGUGAAGAGUAACCAGGAGAGUGACUGUGUGUCGAAGAAGAAGAUGGUCCCUGACUUCUACGUUGACAGCAUAGCCGACCUUUUGCCUGCUCUUCAAGGUUAAAGACAUAGUGUCUUUAAUCUCCAGAAUAAAAGAAAAAAAUUGGAAAUCAGUUACCCAAGUUAAUAGGUGGGGCUUAAGCAUCUGCUCAGCUAGGUGGCUUCCAAGUGGAAUCGGAGUUCAGCAAAGGCAUUAGUUGUUAACCCUGUAAGUAAACGUUUAGGGGUGAACUGUUUUACAGAUGUGCUUAUAUUUUAAGCACGGAGGACGUGGGGAGGGGCUGGGCCUUGGGUGCUGUUUGCAAGGGCAGCCUUGGCACCUGUCCAGGAUUCAGGUAAUUUGGGGACCUGCUAAUGGGACUGAGGCAGGCCCACAGGUGUUUGUUGUGUAUUUUACUGAACGUUUCAGGGAUCACGCCUCCUUGAAGAGCAGAAGGGAGCAGGGAGUCAUUGUGACUGUUCUGAGAAACUUGUUCAGACCAGACCAGGGCCCCUCAACCAGCUGCUGUACCCCAGCUUCUUCACUGCAAGGCAGGAGUGGGGGCGUCUGUUCCCCAGGGUGUCUCCCAGUCCUUGGUGUGUGGAUGCUGCCCUCACAUCCUCCCCUCGUUCCCUGAAGACCACCCUGUCCCAGUUCCUGAGUCUGCUCCGUGUCAACGCCAUUGCUGUGCUCCCCGUGCAGAGCUGGCUGCUUCUGUACUUCAGUCCAGCUAGACUGGCUGUCUCAAGUGCACAUUCGAACAACGUGACUUGGACUGAGCAUGUUGCUGGCUCAGUGGCCAAGAGGGCAUGGAUGUCUUCGCUGAAGUCUGGGCUGCUGUGCAGGGAGCCCAGAGCAGUGCUGGUAAAGUUAUUUCUUUAAACUUUGGAGCAGCUUUAAGUGCGGACUUGAAUCCCAAGUGUUGAUUAAUAGCUAUGCUCUGGAAGAAGUCACGUGCCCCACAACCAGCACAGCUAAAGGUACAUGCUGGCCAAGGAAUGCCUGUCAUCGGGCGCCCUCUGGGUGGGGGAGGAGAGCGGUCCCUAGAACAGGAAGUCUUACAAAGCAUCUGCUCUUCUUGUCCUCUAGACUGGAUUGGGCAGGGGUGAGCUGCCACUGGCCCCGCCCUGGGCUCUGCACUCCCGUGCGGUUGCCCACAGAGGACUGGCAAGGUCUGCCAGGAGCCAGGGUUCUGGCUUUGGCUGUGUCCCGUGUCUCCUGACCAGCAACCAGCCUUCCGAGGAGAGGUGGUCGCACCUGCAGGGUAGAGCCUGGGAAGCCGUUCCUUUCGGCCAAUUCCUUCCUGGUGCCUUGUGCUGCACCCGGUGGCUUUCCCCAGCCAUUCAGGCACGGUGCUCCUUCACUUAUUCACCGAGUUAUCAGAGCAAUAAAGGGUGGCCCAAGCCUCCAGCUCCUCCCAGGCCUGGGGUCUGGGCUUUGGACUGCCACCAAGCCUCACGAGGGUGGCCACGCCUUUGAGGUUGGUGGUGCUGAUGUGCGGCUCCGCGAGGUCAGUUCAGUGGGUCUCAUACUGCGCAGGCCUGUCAGGGCGUGGUCACACAAGCACACAGCAGGUGCAGCAGCCAGCGCCUCCACCCUCCUGCCUGGCGGUGCCUGGGAGCCCUUGUGCACAUCUCUAGCCCACAAGAGGCAGUUGUACUGUGUGAGCCCAGAUGCACAUUAAACUGUCAGCCACACUGA